UUGCCGUUCCAACGUUUGGUGCGUGAAAUCGCACAGGAUUUCAAGACCGACCUGCGUUUCCAGAGUUCCGCCGUCAUGGCUUUGCAAGAGGCCAGCGAAGCUUACUUGGUCGGUCUGUUCGAGGACACCAAUCUGUGCGCCAUUCACGCCAAACGUGUCACGAUCAUGCCUAAAGACAUCCAGUUGGCUCGUCGUAUCCGUGGUGAACGUGCUUAAACUCUUGCUGCUUAUUAUUAUUCAACACCUAUAAAAAGGCCCUUUUCAGGGCCAUCACUUUUGAAUUAACUCUCCGUGAAAAAGGUGGUCCAUAAUUUUGCCUUUUGAACGUAUUUAUUAGAGAAUAGGUAUACAUAUAGAUUACAGAUACAUUAAUGUCAAAAUUGAAAUAGAACUGUAAACAAUCAUUAGAAUUC